GUCAAACACUGACGCAUGCGCUGUAAAGAGUUAUUGUGAUUACUCUCGAAGGCUAAAGAUGUCAGCCAUGAGUCCCGGAGUAUAGAAGAAAACAACACAGUUAAAUGUUGUCUUCCAUCAUCGGGAUGUCACAUCAACUUCAUUUAGAGAAGGAAAAGUACAGACAGUGGGUGAAGGCCGGACUUGGCUUGGGAUAUUUAAAAGAAGGACUUGCGCCAUUUUGUGACGACGUCGCCAGACAACAGCAUAAAGACAUCUUAGAUAACAUUAAACAGACAAAGAAUCUACCGACUGUCACAUGUGGUCAGUGCGCUCUGAGAACUCUCAAACCAGACCAUGUGAAAAUAGGAAAGAAUCAAUGUCCUUUAGGUCAAGCUAACUGUAACUGCUGCUAUACGAGUGGUAAAAUUGCUUGCCCAAACAACGUAUGUGGCGCCAUCUAUGACAACAUUAUAACUAACCAUGCGUCCACACCACCAGCUCCUUACUGGAAAAACACCCAAACUCAGCAGUGGAUAAAAGAUCCGUGGAGUAUAGCUAAAUGUUUCAUCAACGCCCCUGGAUAUGACCAGAAGACAUCAGCAGCCGACAUUGACUGCACGGGAUUACUGCAUGUGAUUAUAAACAACAAGUAUUUUCAUAAUCACGUUAUGUGUAAUUUGGCUGGAUGUAAUGUAUUUUCAAAGGUGAGACAAUACAGAAACGAGAUAUUUCACUCAAGUACCAUGGAACUAGAAGAGGCAAAAGCAAAUACUUACAUAGAUGAUAUGAUUGCUGUACUGCAAGAUGGUAAGGCACUGAUCAACCGAAAAGAUGCUCAAGACGCUGUACUGAAACUUGAUGAGUUGAAGAAGGCCAAUUUUAUAAUUACAACAAGAAGUGAAGCUGGUGUGGUCCAUGAUGCCGUGCAGUCCAUCAGUGAUACGAUAAAAGAGUUCGGAAACAAAGUACAGCAAAAACUAGAAAACGUACCUACUACAUACGAUGUUGGAUGUUUAGAAACGAGAGUCACAAUGUUGGAAACGGACAUGGCAGCGGUAAAAGAGAAGGUGACAAAGCUCGAGACAGCACACUCUUUCCAAUGGGACCAGUAUAAUUACAUCAAGUCCAAAUUAGCAUUUCAGGAAACGCUGAUGAGCCUUUACCAGCAGUCUCUUUUACAAGUAUCGGCAAUACCAUUGAAGCCAGAGCGUAAACACUGUAACUUCAGUGACGUAUAUGUUAGACCACGAAUGAGGGAUGAAACAAAAGAUGAAAACAGACCUCCAGAGGAAACUGAAAUUAAGACUAUGUCUGAUAUUUUCACAAAAGAUGGAAAUCGUCUGAAAUCCAUUUAUGUUCUUGGAGAUGCUGGAUCCGGCAAAACUAGUUUCUGCAAAAGUUUAGUCAACUGUUGGUGUAUGGCACACAGUGGAGAACCAUCCAUUGACGAUAACUUCGACGGAAUCAAGGAAAUGAAGAAAUUUGAGUUCUUGUUCUAUUUCGCUCUACGUCGCUGUAAAAAUGUUGUCAGUAUCAAAGAAAUGCUCGAAAACCAAUAUGAAAACGAAAUUCUGAGCGAUAUUUUAAAUAAGGAAUCAAGAAAUAUUAUUAUCGUGCUUGAUGGUUUAGAUGAAUGGUCUUCUAAAACUGUGACAUCCAAUCAGUUCCAGACGGAAGGCCUUCCAGAACGUGAUACAUCUAAGGACUAUACCGUCAUAACAACGUCACGACCAUGGAAAAUUGAAACACUGGAAAUAACUGACCAGGAGAUAGAACAAAGAUUAAAACUUAAAGGGUUUGACAGAUCGUCUGUUAAAAAAAUGAUUGGUAAAACAGUUCCAGUACUGAAUAAAUCGUUUAAAAAAAAGAAAAGCCCUUAUGUCUGCGAAGAUAAGCUAAACAAUAAAGCGAUAGCCAGUAUGAAAAAAGUACCAAUUAUGCUGCUACAGUUGAUUUGUCUUUGGUUUGAUGAUAAACUUCAAGGAUCAUCAAGAUGUGCUGUUUACUCCGCGAUGCUUGAACUGUUCUUUUCCUGGAACGACAAGAAGAAAAAAGAAAAAGUAGAAGAACGUUUAUUUAAAAACAUGAGGGACAUGUCAAAGGAUUCGCCAAAAAUUGAACUCCCUCAAUAUCUUCUGAGUAACAGGUUAUGUAAAUUGUACAAAUUUCUCAUUCACGAAUUGUCGCGCUUGGCGUAUGAGACACUUUUCACAAACGAAAAGGAGGCGUCCUUGACAUUUGAAAAUUCUGUUUUUGAAGAGCUGGAAAUAUCGGAUGAAGUAAAAACAAGUUGUUUAAAACUAGGAAUCUUAUCCAAAGAUGGAUGUCCAAGUUUGUCUGCGAGCACAAGCGACAGUUCGUUACUUUCCUUUGUUCACAAGUCAGUGCAAGAAUAUUUGGCCGCGGUGUAUAUUGCUAUUCAGUUCAAAGUUCAUAUCGGAUUAUCGUGCAAGUUUGAAAUCCCAAUUUUUUCUGGUCAUUGUGAAUCACUUAUUAAGAAGGUUUUCAGUAAUUGCACGACUUUGGAUGAAACAUUAGAACAAGCAAAUAUAUUCAUUGUGCUAUGUGGUCUAGAGCCACGAAUCGCAACGUCCAUUUCAAAGUAUGUAUAUGAUAUUGUUACAAGUGACAAGCGUGUUCUAGAGUACAGACGAAAAAUAGAUGAUAAAUAUAGACAUACACGUCUUAUAUCAAAAAUCCAGGAAUGUAUUUUAAACUGUACAGAAGAGGUCCAAGCAUGUAACACAAAUAUUUUGUCUAACUUUUAUAUAGGAGACAUCAUCGUUAAGAGUACGUCAGUGUGCGAUCAUUUCUGUACUUGUAUUGAUAAGCAGUACAUUUCUCCUGACAGCGUCCGUUCGUUUAGAGUUGAAAGAGUCAGUGAAGAAGUGUUUCUAAAGGCAGUAUAUAGCUAUUUACCGAAAUGUCAGCGACUUGAAAAAAUUCACAUUGAUGCUUGCUUAGGCAGCUUUGUGACUGAUGAUGAAGAUAUCAGGUGUAUCUGUGGAGGAAUUGAACAUAAUACUUCAACAGUGAUAUCACUGUAUGUAAGUUUUAAUCAAAAUAAUUAUUUGAAACCUAUAUAUAAAACAAUAAUCCGUUGUCUACCUGAUAUGAGUCAACUUGUCGCAUUACAUAUACAUAAUUUUAUUCUGUCACAUAAAGACUUUACCUCACUAUGCACUUUCCUAUCAUGUUACAGUCGUCUUGAACAGAUAUCGAUUUGCGAUACACGUUGUAAGCCUAGUAAAAAAACAAAGACAAAUAUCACAAAGCCCAGUAAGACCAGUUUGUCCGAGGAUUGCAGGAAGCAGCAUGACGUUGAUUUAUCCAAGCAUCAACAAUUACAGUACCUAGAGUAUGAUACGUCUGUCAUUGUGACUCGCGUUAACACUUCUAACCUUGAUACAUUUUCAUACAAAUCAUGGAGCAGUAAAAAUAUUGUGAAAGUAAUUGACGAUAUUAGUACAGUUCACAAAUUAACAAAACUUUAUUUGGAGUAUAAAAUAUUUGGUUCAGACACAGAGUCUUCGUAUCAUACUGUAACUGACAAAUUUAUCACUUUGUUACCAUUAUUGCACCAGCUCCGUACACUUUAUUUAUCGGGUUUUACAUUUACUGACAGUAUAAUGAGAUGUCCCUCUGAGAUGAAGAAUAUGGAGAUCAUUGGUCUCGUUGGAGUCAUAAUGAGCUUGACAACAUGGCGGCAGUUUGUUGAUAGUCUUCCUCUAAUACCGCUACCUGUAAAGGUGUUAGCACCAUUCAUGUGUAUCACACGAGAUGGAGAGGAAUGUAAACCUGGUAUACGCUGGCGGACUAAAAGAGGAGAGAAAGCAGCUGCAUUGCAGUAUGUCAGAGAACAGGAGGAGUUGUUCAAUGUGAAAUAUGAAUCUGACAGGUCAUUUGGUUUAUCAACAAGGAAGUAAUAUCCAUUAGUAUUAAUCAUUACUGUUAUUAUACUGAUGAUUUUCUUAUCUUGUACUGAUGGUUGAAAUAAGGAAAGUGUGUCAAAGUUGUAGGCAUACAGUGAACAAGUUUCUAGUGUAAUGCUUUUGUUUAGAAGAGUAUAAUUGCCAUGAGAAAUGAUUUUUUUUAUGUUUCGCCUGCCAUAUCACGGAACUGCUUGUUUUAGUUAUUUAAUGAAAAUACAAUAAUAGUGAAAAAUACAAUUAUUAUAGUGAAGCAUGCAUAUCUGUGUAUUCAAAGUGAAAAUUGCAAAUCUCUUUUAUACUGGUACGGAACACUAAGCGUUGUUAAAUGUGGUAAAAGAAGAGUUUCAAGACAUAAGUGAUAUUAAAGGCAUAAGUCAUCGGGGUUUUUAAGAUAAUUACUUUUUUAUAAUAUAGAGAUGGCUGCAAUAAGGAAAGUAUAUCAAAAUUGUAAGGAGUUCAUGAACAGACAUAUUAUA